AGAGACGGCAUCCGAUGUGUCUUUUUCUGCACAUCACUUUGGAAAUUUGCGCUCGUGUAGUCCUGCUAAAGGCGGUGCUCACCUGCCGGGCUGUGAGCGGCUAACUGAAUUAAGAGGAUCAUCAGACUAAUUGCCUCCUUUGAUAUUGCCCUUCAUUGAUUCUUUCGACCAUUCCCCUAAUCACUGUCAUGAUUGUCUUCAUUUUCUCCACUCCUGUUGUUUCAAAGUGACCGGUUGUAGGUGUUUUUGUGCUCCGAUUUGCGCCAGUCAAGCCUGGCAAUAUGUAAUUUUGUGGAUAGACGCUGCGUUUUUUUUGGAGAAGUGGACUAUUUCACGGCACGGGAUUCCUUGUGAUUUCUUUUUCAAACGUUACUGCUUUACUCUGUAGACCAGAACAGAUUCUGAUACACCGUGAUGGUGUGGGGCUAUCAUAACUGACAGCAGAGUGUACGCUAUCAUUUGCAAACUGCUUGUGGGACUGGUAAAAAAUGAAAGCUCCCAUACCUCUUCUGAUCCUGCUUCAUGCCGUUGUGGUCCAUUGCCUGAAAGUGGUGUCGAAGAGAGGCUCAGUGGAAGGCUGCACAGAUUGGUCAGUGGACUACCUGAAAUACAAGGUGCUUCUGGGGGAACCUGUACGGAUUAAGUGCGCUUUAUUCUAUGGAUAUAUUCGGGCCAACUACACCCAUGCACAGAGCGCUGGACUCAGCCUCAUGUGGUACAAAAGUGCAGGACACGGGGACUUCGAGGAACCCAUCAGUUUUGACGGCACGAGGAUGAGCAAAGAGGAGGACGCCAUAUGGUUUCGACCUGCAGAGCUGGGCGAUGUGGGGUAUUAUUCCUGCGUUUUAAGGAACUCUACAUACUGCAUGAAGGUGUCCAUGUCUCUCACGGUGGCAGAGAACGACACAGACCUCUGCUUCAACUCCAAAAUGAGGUUCUUUGAGAAGGCCGAACUGAGCAAAAACAAAGACAUCACCUGCCCGGGCAUCGAUGAUUAUGUACAGCCAGGAGCGCAGCCAGAUAUCGUGUGGUACAAGGAAUGCAAACCAAAGCAGUGGAGACAAACCAUAGAAAGGAAAAGGGACACUCUCUCCAUCAAGGACGUACGGGAAGAUGACAUUGGGAAUUACACCUGCGAAUUAGAGUUUGGGAACUUUUUGGUAAGAAGGACGACUGAGCUGUCCGUCACAGCUCCCCUGACAGACAAGCCGCCCAAAAUCCUCUUCCCCUCGGAGAGCCAAGUGAGCGUCAUGGAGAUGGCAAUAGGAAGUCCUCUUAACCUGACGUGCAGAGCGUUCUUCGGAUACAGCGGAGACGUCAGUCCACUUAUCUACUGGAUGAAGGGGGAGAAGUUCAUCGAGGAUCUGGAUGAGGAGCGCGUUCAAGAGACCGAAAUGAAGACUAUCCGGGAGCACCUAGGGGAGCAGGAAGUUUCCAUCUCUCUGACCAUCGAGUCUGUGGAGGAGAGCGACCUGGGCAACUACUCGUGCUACGUGGAGAACGGCAACGGGCGAAGACAGGCCAACAUCCAGCUCUCUAAGACAGCGGAGCUGAUGUACACGGUGGAGCUGGCCGGCGGGCUGGGAGCCAUCCUGAUGCUGCUCAUCUGUCUGGUGACGCUGUACAAGUGCUACCGGAUCGAGCUCAUGCUCUUCUACAGGAACCACUUUGGCAGCGAGGAUAUAGAUGGAGAUAACAAGGACUACGACGCGUACCUGUCCUACACCAAAGUGGACCCGGACCAGUGGAGCCAGGAGACCCGAGAGGAAGAGCGCUUUGCCCUGGAGAUCCUCCCCGACGUGCUGGAGAAGCAUUAUGGGUAUAAACUCUUCAUUCCAGACAGGGACUUGAUCCCCACAGGAAGUUUCACCAAUGAUCAUUUCCAGGAUGACACAAGACUACUUAGAGCCUACAUCGAGGAUGUGGCGCGCUGUGUGGACCAGAGCAAGCGCCUCAUCAUCGUCAUGACGCCCAGCUACGUGGUGCGGAGGGGGUGGAGUAUCUUUGAGCUGGAGACGCGGCUGCGCAACAUGCUGGUGACCGGCGAGAUCAAGGUCAUCCUGAUCGAGUGCGCCGAGCUGCGCGGCAUCAUGAACUACCAGGAGGUGGAGGCCCUCAAACACACCAUCAAGAUGCUGACGGUCAUCAAGUGGCGCGGGCCGUCCAGCAACCAGCUCAACUCCAAGUUCUGGAAGCAGCUGCUCUACGAGAUGCCCUUCAAGCAGAUGGAGCCCCUGAGCAUCUCCCACGAGCAGGUGCUGGACGUCAGCGAGCAGGGCCCCUUCGGCGAGCUGCAGACCGUCUCUGCCAUCUCCAUGGCGGCGGCCACCUCCACCGCCAUGGCGACGGCACACCCGGACUUGCGCUCCAACUUCCACAACUCCUGCCACACCCAGAUGAGGCAGAAACACUAUUACCGUAGCUACGACUACGACAUGGCGCCCGGCGGCACGCUCCCGCCCAUGUCCACGCUGGGCAGCCAGCACACCUACUGCAACAUCCCCAUGACGCUCAUCAAUGGGCAGCGACCGCAGGCCAAGUCGCCGCGGCAACAGAGCAUGGAGGAGGCCCACGCGAACAACGCCAUGCUGCCCCUGCUGCCCCGAGAGACCAGCAUCUCCAGCGUCAUCUGGUGACAGAGAUCUGCACCGAGGACUCACCUCUGGCACUUGGACCCUGAACGCACCGGAGGCAGAGGCGCCUGAUUGGCCACUUGCUGCUGUUGAAUUUGCACCAGGAAACAUCAGGGGGAGGGUGGAUACUUUGGGGAUGAGGUGGUGGCAGAUUUUCAUCUUUUUUUUUGGUCCAAUGAGAGCUUUUAUUGAAACUGAACAACAACAAAAAAAGUAAAACAAGGGAGACUUGUUUGUAUGCCACCAUCAUUUACCCGGAGAGUCAAGGAAUACAGGGUCCUGUACAUACGUUUUCUAAUUAUUUGUAGCAUCAGUGUUUUGGACUUCUCUUAUGUUUGAUCAUCAGUUGGGACUAUAUCUUCUUUUUCAGUUUGUACAAAAGUGAAGCAAUGGCCUGUGAGAUGUUUUGGAUAAACCGUUGUUAGCUUUAUCUUUAUGUGUUGGCCGGUGUAGUUUGUAAAGCUUUGGGAGUUUUUUCGGGAUUUGGUUUGGAUUUCCUGGGAGGCUGCCGUAAGGGUUGAGAAUCUGGACUCAACCAGAAUAUGCAAAACACGGAGUCCAGACAGCAGGGACACGCUGGGUUCACACAUCGAUCAUAUUCGAACGCUUUCGAGACAUCCGCGGAGGAGGAUAUGAAGAAUAUGGUGCUCGGCUACAAAUCUCUCUGUUUCUCUCACGAUUACUUUAAAAGACAAAAAAAACCAGCCUUGCUAUUUACCUUAACAGAUGAUUAUAUCACCGAAAAAUUCAUUAUGUGUAUUAUUUUAUGAAAAAAGAAAAGUCUAUUUUUGUAACCCGAGGGAUAUUUGCUUAGUUCAAGUUUCUGAUGGAGGUAGAGAUCGGAGAGAGAUAAUAAAAAAAUGUUUUGUUAUGUGGAACUGCACAGCUCACCAUAGGUCAUUCACUAAAUGUCUUAUAUUGCUAGAGAAAGAAAAAUGUUGUUUUCAUCAUUAGAAAGAGGAGUUAUUGUCAUUUCAAAGAGAUUGCAGUUCAGCAGGAUUUAUUUAUGUUUUGCUGAUUAUACAGUGAUGGAGCUGUGGGCGAUGUCAGUGCAGAGGGAGGAGAGGCUGGCCAUGGCACCUGGUUUCCUCUGAAGGACCAAACAAGGCUGUCCGGGGCCAAACAAGUAUCUCUGAUAUUCACUUCCUCCUAAAUGACAGCUCUGUUAUUUGUUAGCCAUUCCCCCUGUCAGCUGGGUUGACAAAUAAACGAGGGCUUUCACAUGGCUUGUAACACUUGCUAACUGGGUGACAAAGUCAUAUUUAGUUAACGGGAAUGGGAUGUGUCUCCAUCAAGGUCAAGUCGGCCAUCAGUGACUGCAACUCAAUGAAAAGCGUAACAUUUUCACUUUUAAACCUCUUAAACAUGGUCGGCCAAGGAUUUAGAAAGAGGACUGGAGAGUCGGAGGCGGGGGGGAUGGAUAUUGACAGCUGCUGCUUAAGCUACACACGCUAUCCUCCAAAGAUGGCCGCCCCAGAAUGCACCGUGGUUCCCAUUGCGUUUUUACAUUUAAAGGUAACAUUUUAGAGGAUGUAAUUAAUUAUAUUUCUGACCUACUGACCAAUAAUCAUGGGGUGUAUUCUCCUCAACAAUAACCUUUUAGUAUAAACCCCUUCCAAAUAAAGAGAGACAAGAAUGUAUUUAAAGAUGUUGAUUAAAUCCUGGAGUAUAUGUUUCUACACUAUAGAAAUGCUACUUAGAGUAAGUUAGACGAUUUUCUCUUUAAAUCAUACUAAAAAAAGAGCUAUGUCAGACUGUGUCCCUCCUGCAGCUGUGCCAUCUUUUCUGUUUCUUUCUAACCUCAUGCUAAAACACCUGCAGCAUCUCAUCACAUGAAGAUCAUUUAGUGCCAUAAAAUAUGCAAAGAGAUGAAACAAUAAAUGAAGAAACGUGUUAUUCCCCCUUUAUCUUCUAGCAAUCUUCAGUUUUUGAUUUUACUCCAAGGACGUGUCUCAAUCAGACCUUCCCCCCUAAUGAAAAGUAAGAUAUUGCUUCAAGGUAGGGCCCCACUUCCUAACACAGGAGUAGUUGUGCUCAAUGACAUGGCAUUUUGUAAAUAUAAUCAAGAAAAUAACGGGGUUUAGAUGACGACAAUCGAGACAUAUUUCAGAGUAGAAACGCGAAACCUGACUGCAGGUUAAAUGGAUGAGAUUUGGACAGGAGUUUGACAUCAGCGAGAAGCGUUUGAUCCACAUUUUUGUUUCACGGUGAAAUUAACAUGUCUGAGCUCUGAUGAUGAUGAUGAUGAUGAUGAUGAUGAUGAUGAUGAUGAUGAAAUCAUGACGAUAUAUAGCACAGAAUUAUUCCAGGCACUUUCACGAUUCUUGAGACGACCUAUUUCUGAUUUAUUUUCUAUUAUGUAUCUGCAAUGUUCAUUAAAAAGAGAUACUGUUAUUAUUAAUAAAACCACAUUUACGAUAA